UUAUCACAGAGCCAAUUUAUAUUGAGCUUGUCAAGUACAUCAGUGAUUUUGUGGUAGUAACAGGAUUAAAGGGAAAGUCAAAGCAGUAGAUACCUGUCCAAAAAGGCAACAUUACUCAGAUCCUGGAUCUGAGUUUCUAAAUACAGGAAUUAACUUGUGGCAGCAUGGUUCUUAUCUGGGGGAGUUGGAAUUCAUGCCCCCUUUUCCUCAGUAUUCUUGUUAAGGAUAAGGAAAACUUUGAACACAGAUCCAGUUUGUUAUGAUGGCAGGACCUAGUGCUGACAAGUGCAGCUGCUCAGAGAAUCGCAGUGAUGACCCUCCAUCUCUGAGUAUUACACUGAAGAAGACGAGAGAUCUGCCAAAGAAGGUGAAACAUUGGAACAUAGACCAUCGUCCAGUUGACAUUCUUCUUUUGACUGUGGAGUAUUGCGAGUUCUUAGCUUGUUAUCAUUACCUGAGAGAUUCCUUUAAAAGCUAUGAUAAAUCCAUUGGAUAUGUGUACUUUGGAAAGAUGGGUGACGAUGAAGAUGAGUCACUGAAAGUUGCUUUAGUGAAGUGUUCUAAAGAAUCCUUGGAUCCUGGAGGUUCUCAAACUGCUGCUAAGAAUGCCGUCACACUCCUGAGACCUAAGGCUACCUUUUUGGUUGGUUUCUGCUACAGUUUGAAUCCUGACAAAGCCCAGCUUGGAGAUGUGGUGAUAUCCUCAAAGCUUACAACAGAGUUUCACAAAACCCCAGUGAGUAGGGAUGUUGGCAACCUUGUCAGAAGUGCAGCUGAUGGAUGGGAGGCACCAUUAGAAAACCCAGAAACACGUGAAGUCAAUGUACGUGAUGGAGAGAUUUUGAGUUGCUCUGAUCUGAUUGAUGCUGAACAGCAGUGUCAAUCACACCUCGGGGCAAUUGCAGUUGAAAUGGAUGGAAAAGGCUUGUUUGCAGCAGCUCAUGACAUGAAGAUAGAGUGGCUUGUCAUUAAAGGAGUUUGUGGUUUUGUACAUGCUGUUGCAUCUACAAACGAUCCAUGGAAGACUUUUGCAUGUGUCAUGGCAGCUUCUGUUGUAUCUAACAUGUUGAGUAGCUCUUUUGUGUUUGGAGACUGGCCUCAUUACGGAGACAUUUCAACAGGAGAGGAGAGUUUUAAAAGUGAUGACCCUUCACAAAAUAAACGUAGAAGGCAAGCAGCGUCUAAAUUGCUGGCCAGUGAUGGUCCGAUCUCAGUCGAUAGUCUCAAUGAUUACAUAAUCAACAAUCAAGAUAAAGUGCUUCUUAUUUUGGAUGGCUACGAUGAGUACAGCUGUGCAAAAGCACACUCACCUAUUCUAGAAAUUUGGAGGGGCGAGCAACUAAGAGAUUGUCACGUUAUUGUCACCACUCGACAACUUAAAUGUGACGAUUUAAUAGGCCCAAGCCACGUUCAGUUGGAAAUUCAAGGUUUUAAAAGCUGGAGUCAAAUCGUAACCUUUGCGAGAAAGUUUUUGGCUGGUGAACAAGAUCUUGACGAGUUUAUGUCCUACCUGAAAGAAAAAGAUCUCUUUGGCAUGGCAGAAAUACCUCUCCUCCUACUGAUGCUGUGUAUUUUUUGGAAAGCGAAGCAUCACGAAGGACUGCCAAAAUCACGGGCCGACAUUUUCACACAAUUCAUUCAAACCAUGUUAGAUCACAAAGGUGAAAGUCAACAACCCAUACCAUUUGCGGAAGUGACCUCCGCGGAAGCCAGAGAGGACCUGAACAAUCUUGGAAAGGCUGCCUUCGAAGCACUGCUACAAGACCGUCUUUACGUACGCUGUAGCGAACUUUUCGGCAAUAUUUCAAGAAGUUUUCAAAAAUUAAGUAAAGUUGGGCUUUUCCAGAUUGUCAAUGUCACGAGUCUCAAUCCAGAAAAAGGGGCCUAUUUCAUUCAUAAAUCCGUGCAGGAGUUCCUUGCAGCCUGGCACAUUAAGGAGGAAGUGUUGUCUAUUAAAGGAGAUAGUACUCCUAGCCUUUCCAAAGUUGAAUCAUUUGAACAG